CUGCGAAGAAGAAUCUCCUGAUUUUGCUUCUUCGCAUAUUCUUUUCGCUCCCUCUCGUCUUUUCUUUUUUCUCCUUAAAUUCGAUAAACUGAGUGUAGUUUGAGAAUUUCUUUGGUUUUUAUUUUUCGAAAUUUUCUGUGGUGAAAUUGUAAGAGAAUGGGAGUUCCGGCGUUUUACCGGUGGCUGGCGGAGAAGUAUCCGAUGGUGGUUGUCGAUGCCGUCGAGGAGGAACCGGUGGUGAUCGACGGAAUCGCGAUUCCAGUGGAUACGAGCAAGAAGAACCCUAACAACCUUGAAUACGAUAAUCUGUACCUCGAUAUGAACGGCAUCAUUCACCCUUGUUUUCACCCCGAGGAUAGGCCAUCUCCGACUUCAUUUGAUGAGGUGUUCCAGUGCAUGUUUGACUACAUUGAUAGGCUGUUUGUGAUUGUCCGGCCUAGGAAGCUGCUCUACAUGGCUAUUGAUGGUGUGGCACCGAGGGCUAAAAUGAAUCAGCAACGGUCUAGGCGGUUCAGAGCAGCAAAAGAUGCAGCUGACGCAGCUGCUGAAGAAAUUAGGUUAAGAGAGGAAUUUGAGAGGGAGGGCAGAAAGCUUCCUCCCAAAGAAGAGUCCCAGACUUUCGAUUCAAAUGUCAUUACACCUGGAACUGAAUUUAUGGCUGUUUUAUCAAUUGCGCUCCAGUAUUAUGUUCAUCUUAGGUUAAACAAUGACCCUGGUUGGCAGAAUAUAAAGGUUAUUCUUUCAGAUGCAAAUGUUCCUGGUGAGGGGGAGCAUAAGAUUAUGUCCUAUAUACGGUUACAGAGGAAUCUUGAAGGUUAUGAUCCAAAUACAAGACAUUGCCUGUAUGGUUUGGAUGCUGAUUUGAUUAUGUUGGCUUUAGCUACCCAUGAAGUGCACUUUUCAAUUCUAAGAGAGGUUGUAUUUACUCCCGGUCAAGACAAAUGUUUCCUCUGUGGUCAGAUGGGUCACAUGGCUGCUGACUGUGAAGGAAAGGCAAAAAGAAAGGCCGGAGAAUUUGAUGAAAAAGGAGAUCCUAUUGUGGUUAAAAAGCCUUACCAGUUUCUAAACAUUUGGACAUUGAGGGAAUAUCUGGAGUAUGAGAUGAGAAUUCCGAAUCCUUCAUUUGAGAUUGAUUUUGAGCGAAUUGUUGAUGACUUUAUCUUCAUGUGCUUUUUUGUUGGCAAUGAUUUCCUUCCCCAUAUGCCUACACUAGAAAUUAGAGAGGGUGCAAUUAACUUGCUUCUAGCAGUAUACAAGAAGGAGUUCAAUGCACUAGGUGGUUAUUUAACCAAAGGAAGUAAGCCAAAUUUGGAUAGAGUGGAGCACUUUAUUCAGGCUGUUGGAGCUUAUGAAGAUAGAAUUUUCCAGAAAAGAGCUCGAUUGCAUCAGCGACAAGCAGAAAGAAUUAAGCGGGAUAAGGCUCAUUCAAGGAGGGGAGAUGAUGCCCAGCCUCAAUUUCAACCAGAGUCUCUAGUUGCAGUUUCACGAUUUCAUGGUUCUCGUCUUGCUUCAGCUCCAACGCCUUCACCAUUUCAACAAUCUGGGCACCAUGAUCCCAGCUCAUCUGGGAAAGACCAUAGGAGUGCAUCUGAGGCGCUCCCAAAAGUUGCUAAGCUAUCUUCUGGGGCAACUGUUGCUGCUGCUAUUGUUGAAGCUGAGAAUAGUCUUGAAAUAGAUUUUCAAGAUAACAAAGACGAAUUGAAAGCAAAACUAAAGGAGGUACUUCGUGAGAAAUCUGAUGUAUUCAAUUCACAAAAUGCCGGAGAGGAUAAGAUCAAAUUGGGAGAACCAGGCUGGAAAGAGAGAUAUUAUGAUGAGAAGUUCUCAGCUAAAACUCCCGAGGAACUUGAAAUGAUACGGAAAGAUGUUGUUUUGAAAUACACUGAAGGCUUGUGUUGGGUGAUGCACUAUUAUUACGAAGGUGUUUGUUCUUGGCAAUGGUUUUAUCCUUAUCAUUAUGCCCCAUUUGCAUCUGAUCUCAAGGACCUUGGGAGUCUUGAUAUUAACUUUACACUGGGUACCCCAUUCAAACCUUUUGACCAACUUCUUGGGGUUUUCCCUGCUGCGAGCUCACAUGCCCUUCCUCAACCAUAUAGGAAACUUAUGACAGAAGCUGACUCACCAAUCAUUGAUUUUUAUCCAGUUGACUUUGAAGUGGACAUGAAUGGCAAACGCUAUUCUUGGCAGGGUAUUGCAAAGUUGCCUUUUAUUGAUGAAGCACGUCUUCUUGCAGAAGUUAAAAAAGUUGAAAAAUUGUUAACACCAGAGGAGAUGAGGCGAAAUGCUAUCAUGUUUGACUUGCUUUUCGUAAAUUCCUGUCAUCCACUUUCUGCAUGCAUAAGUACACUUGACAACAAAUGCAGAAACAUGUCCGACAGUGAGCGUGUUGAUGUCAAAGAACAAAUCAAUCCCAAAGAAAGGUAUACGUGCAGUGGUGGAAUGAAUGGUUUUAUAUCCUUAUGUGGUGGAGAGCCUUGCCCUCCUAUCUUUAGGUCUCCUGUUGAAGGCAUGGAAGAUAUUAUGGACAAUCAUGUCAUAUGUGCCAUAUACAGACUCCCACAGGCGCAUAAACACAUUACUCGGCCACCACCAGGAGUUAAAUUUCCAAAGAAGACUGUGACUCUUGGGGAUAUGAAACCUGAACCAGUAUUAUGGCAUGAAGAUUCUGGUGGGAGACGGGGUGGUGGGGAUAAUGGGAGGAGAAACCCUCCAGGAUCUAUUUCUGGUCGAGAGCUUGGAGAUGCAGCACACAGAUUAGUAGCGAAUUCCUUACAAGCAAAAGGUGCCAACAAUGGAUAUCGCUAUCCGAUUAAUGGACCACCUCCAUCUUACGCACCACCAAUGGCUCACCAAAGAUUGCCUCCCUACAAUUAUGAAUCACACCCAGGAUACGGUGCCAUGCCACCUUCUGUGAUGCCUCCACUCCAGGGCCAGCAGCCUUAUCGACCUUAUGCUACUGUCCCUACCCAACAGUAUGGUUAUAAUCAGCCAUAUCAGCUGCCUCCCCCGGCAAUGUACAAUCAUCAUCAUCAACCACCUGGUUCUUAUGAAAGAAAUAACCACCAACACCCCCCACGAUCAAACCAUUAUGGAAGAAAUCAUGGUAGUGGGGGAAGUGGGAGGGAUGGAUACCAACCAUCAGGUAAUAAUCACAAUGCCAGGUAUCCAAAUGCGUCGCAAGGGGCAUUUGGUAGUCAUCAUCAAGAUGUUCGACAUCAUGGCCAAGGUUACCAACCAUCUAGACAUCACCAGAAUUGGGCUCCAAGGAAUGACGAAAAUGGCCCCAGGGAUUAUGGGCACCAGCAUUCGGCCAAUCAAUUUUCUUCUUUGGACAGAAGGGGAAACAGGAAGCCAAUGCCACCACCUGGUUAUAGUCGCAGAUAAAUUCAUUUCCUAUAGGGUAACAAUAAUCGCAAUCCUCUAAAAUGGUUGAUAUCUGAUAUUGUUGUACCGUAUGUUUUUCUUUAGUUUAGGUGAAAGUUUGAGAGUUGUACCAUUAGUUUCUAUUCAUUGUUUUAAUCUGAGCUCAUGCUCCUUCAAUUUUUCAUCAAAUAGAUUAUAGUGGUCAAUUAUAACCCUUGAACUCAGGUUUGAUUGCAUUUUCAAAUUUAUAGGUUAUUUUAUUGUGUAAUUCUAUUUUACACACUAUUAUCUGUUUAUUUUGAAGCAACUAUUCUUGUAUUUCCUUUCCUGAUAAAUACAUUGACCCACCAAAAACUAGAAAGAAAGUAGGUAGUGUUUUUUACUUUUUGGUGUAUAUUAUUAUAUACUUAUUUUAUAAUGGAUAGACAUGUGACGUCUUCCCAAGAAC